CUAGAACAGUGCCCACGAAGACAUGCUACUAUUCGACUCAACCAUCAACAAUCCAUGGUUCUCGCAGAAGCCUAUCAUUCUUUUUCUUAUAUAAAAUUGAUAUAUUCGAGAGAAAGCUGCCUAUAUCACCGCUUUCAUCAAUGCACUUCACUGAUUAUGAUAGUUCGGGUACAGACUUGACCGCUGCUGCGAGCUUCUUCGAUCAGCGGUACCGGAGAUUUAACAGGACGCCGGGGCGUCGGAUUUAUACGGAGGAUACAUAUGCCACGGAUACAACGUCAAUGCGGGCGACGUUGGAGUUUGCUCAUGAUAUUAUGCUUCAAGAGGGCCUCAGCGAUUAGGGUGAC